AUGGCCCUGCAGAGCCCCGAGUCUGGAGGAGAGAAGGGGCCCUGGGAGGCGGAGGAGAAGGAGCCGGUGAGCAGCCCCGAGCCCGAGCUCACAGUGAGCACCCGCGGCCCCGGCUCCGGCCCCGGCCCGGGCUUCCAGCCCCCCGAGGGGGGCUACGGCUGGCUCGUGGUGUUCGCCGCCACCUGGUGCAACGGCUCCAUCUUCGGCAUCCAGAACUCCUUCGGGAUCAUCUACACACUGCUGCUGGAGGAAGAGAAAGGGGAGAAAAGCCAGCAAGAGUUUAAGGCAGCAUGGGUUGGAGCCCUGGCUAUGGGAAUGAUCUUCUUGUGUUCCCCCAUCGUGAGCAUCUUCACCGACCGGAUGGGCUGCAGAAUCCCAGCGACAGCCGGGGCAGCUGUUGCCUUCAUCGGCCUCCUCACCAGUUCCUUCACCAACUCCCUGGAGGCUCGCUUCUUCACCUACGGCAUCCUGUUUGGCUGUGGGAGUUCCUUUGCUUUCCAGCCUUCUCUGGUCAUCCUGGGCCACUACUUCCAGCGGCGCCUGGGCCUGGCCAAUGGGGUGGUAGCUGCUGCCAGCAGCCUCUUCUCCAUGUCCUUCCCUUUCCUGAUGAAGAUGCUGGGGGAAAAGAUCAAGCUGGCACACACCUUCCGGGUGCUCAGCAUCUUCAUGCUAAUCCUCAUGUUCCUCUCACUGACCUACCGGCCCCUCUUGCCUACCACUCACAACUCCCGGGCCAAGCUGGGCCGGAGCCUCUGCCAGCAGUGCAUGGGCCACUUGACCAACUACUGCAACAUGAGGGUCUUCUAUCACAGGACCUAUCGCAUCUGGGCAUUUGGCAUCGCCACCGCCGCUCUGGGCUAUUUCAUCCCCUACGUGCAUUUGAUGAAGUACGUGGACAAGCAGUUCACCGGGGAGAAGAGGAUCGAGGACACCUGGGUCCUCUUGGUGUGUAUCGGGGCCACCUCAGGCAUUGGACGCUUGGUGUCUGGCCGGAUCAGUGACUCCAUUCCUGGCCUAAAGAAGAUCUACCUACAGGUCAUCGCCUUUAUGCUCCUGGGCCUCAUGUGCAUGAUGAUCCCUCUGUGCAAGGGAUUUGGCGGCCUCAUCGUCGUCUGCCUCUUCCUUGGCCUGUGUGACGGCUUCUUCACCACCAUCAUGGCUCCCGUUGCCUUUGAACUCGUUGGGCCCAUGCAGGCAUCUCAGGCCAUUGGCUACCUACUAGGCAUGAUGGCACUGCCCAUGACUGCCGGGCCCCCCAUAGCAGGGCUCCUCCACAACUGUUUUGAGAACUACCAUGUGGCCUUCUACUUUGCCGGCGUGCCCCCCAUGAUUGGAGGCAUCAUCCUCUUCUUUGUGCCACUGUUCCACCGGAAAACGCCCAAUAAGCAGGAGAUGGACUCCAGCAAGGACAAGAUGCUGGCCUCGGACACCAUCAUGAACGGAGAGCUGCUGCCCGGGGUCCCUGCCACAGAGGCUCACAUCUAACACCCUGCCCCUCCCCCGCCCCGUGCCUGCCUUCCCCUGGCAUUCCCCCUCUGGCCUCCAGCACCUCUCCCUCAGCCCAGCCCCGGGCAUUUCCUGCACCCUCUCGGGUGCUCUGUGGUCAUUAGCCAAGUGGCUUUUCUUUUGCCUUUUGGAUUUUCUCAUCUCCCAGUGAAGUCGGAGAGGUAUGUUAACAUCCUGGCCCUGGCCUGGAGGCCACUGGUGGAAGCCAACUUCUCGUAGUGGUCCCUCUGGUCCCAGGAGCCUUUGGGGCAGAUCCAGGCCCCCGGGUGCUGACAGGUUAGUCACCCACAUGGUCCAUCGAUCUUUGGGAAUAGUGGGGAAGGAACAAAUUCAGAUGUCAUUGAACACUAGAGUACCCCACGACUCUCCUCGAGCUAUCGGGAGCCCCUUCCUAGUGGCUCUGAGCACAGCAGCGGGAGGCUUUGACGGUUGGCCCUUGGAGGCAGUUGCUUCUUUCUUCUCCUGUUACUCCGCUUCUUCCCCUCCCUUCUUCCUUUGUUUCUUCUUGUUACAGGGUGCUGGGACAGAGGAGUGAUCCAGCCAACUGACAAGUGUCUAUUAAGUGCCAGGAACUGUUCUAGGUGCUAGGCCAUGCCCUUCCAAAUACGGGGUGAUCCAUCCCACUCCAUCCCAUCCCACCAGCACCAAAUCCACUCAGUGACAUACAUGGCUCUGUGUGGACCAAGAUCAGUCACAAUAGAGGCUGAUCCCUUCUUAUGUUUUCCCCACACGCAGAACAAGGGGGCAUUGGACUUUCUUGUAUCUCUGAGGUUUCACCUGAUUCGAAAUCUUUGAAUUCCACAAACCACAUUUUCCUGGGGUGAGGAUGGGACAGGUAGAGCUUCUACUCUUUGACUGUUGAUCCUCAUGGAUCCUCUGGAUGCCAGGGUCUGAGUUGGCUGGGGAAGAAAAGGCUGUCCUCCAGGAACACCUCCUCUGCCUCGCAUCUCAAGCCCAGCAAUCCUUGGGCCCACUGGGAGCUCUGUCACCUGCUGCCACCAAUGGUGCUCGGCAAGUGGCAGGAGCCUGGCUGUUCCAAACCUUUUAACAUUGGCCUGCACGGGGCGAAUGCAGGCCUAGGCCUCUGCUGUCCUCAUUCAGAAACCUCUGGCCAGUGCUGUGGUCAUCCCUCCCUUCAUCCCUCCCUUCAUCCCUAGGCUGGACCCCUUCCAUAAACAUGUAGCAGAGGGGGAGAUCCAGAGUUAAUUCAGACCAUUACCAAGGAGACAACUGACCUUCUCCAAUCUAGACUGACCUCAGAAACCUUGCCCCAGGUCCUCGUGCCUCCCUUCUCUAGUUACUACAAGAAGCCCUGUGUACAUAACUCUUUGCUCAGAGCUAAGUCCUGCACCAACUCCAUUAAGAAUAUAAAAUCCAAGCCCCCGGUUGGUCGUCAACUAAUCUCAUCUUGGUGAAGUCCCUCCCCCUCUCUGAGGCUCAAUUUCCUCUCGUGAAAGUAUUUGUCAGCUCUGUCUAGAAACCUAUCUCUGACUCUGUAAUGACAAGUCAGCAUUAUGGGGAAAGGGCUGCCCCUGGGCCCGGGCCUAGAGCUGUACCCCAGUCAUCUGUAGGGAAUGUCUAGAACUAAAGGAGGUGGGUGGAAGGGUUUCAUAAGACAACAGAGAACCAUUCUUUCUUCCUGCCCCUUAAGUAGUUUAGGGGCAAAUUCAUUUGCCUCCAUCCUGACCCCACUGCCACACUGGAGCUUUCUGGGUGCCUCUGUUUAGGCGGUGGAAGGAGGGAGCUGGCAUUUCCCCAGCAGUGAGGGGCGCCCAGGCGAGAGUCUGACCCUAACUAAUGCAGGCACAAAAGCUGCCAGGAAUAGCCAGCCCUGGCCUCGGCCUCUCUCUGUGAAGCAGAUGCCAGCUUCUUGCCCCUGCCCAGGCCCUGGGCAGCAGGCCUGCUGAAUACUGCCCCAAAUGCCCCUGGGCUGAGAACAAAGGGAACCAUCAGAGCCACUUGAAGACUUGCUCAUUAGGCUUGGAACAGCCACCCUAGGGCCCCUUCCCGGCCUCUCUCCACUUGGGCCUCUGGCCUCUGGCUUUGUGUCUUAAUGUGUGCAUCCCUGAGUCCCCACACUGGCUGGUGCUCUGGAGCAUCAUUAGUGUGGCAGUGAAUGAGGGCCCCUGGGGCCUUUGCCCCUUCUGCCCUCUGGGCCAUGAGGGCAGGGAAGGGCCUUGGGGGCCCCUACAGAUUUCCUCCUGGACCCUGGCUUGUCUGAAACAAAACCACUCAACCAAACAUGGGAAAGAGACAAUCCCACGCUGAAGUGGUUUUCCAAACCACGAAGUUUUACUUUACAAACUGGCAGCCAGGAGAGCGUUGGCCAGGACAAGGGUUGGCGCCUACCUUCUUCCCAGUCCAGGGCCCUCAGCCCCUUUGGCUAGGUACACCCCCCCCCCCGUCUCCCCGCCCCUUUUCCGGCAGCCUGAUAUCAUGGAAAGAACACUGGAUUUGAAGUCCAAAAAGCUGCCGUUGAAUCCCAGCUUUGUCACUGUGUGACCUUGAGAG